AUGGCUUCUCUGCUGCUUUCACUUCUCCUUCUUGCCAUGGUUGGGCAUUCUAGUGCUUCAUGGUGUGUGUGCAAAGGACUGAGUGAUGCAGUGCUACAGAAAACCCUAGACUAUGCCUGUGGAAAUGGAGCAGACUGUAAUCCCACUCACCCAAAAGCACCUUGCUUUAGCCCUGACAAUGUUAGGUCUCAUUGCAACUAUGCAGUCAAUAGCUUCUUCCAAAAGAAGGGUCAAGCUGUUGGCACUUGUGAUUUCGGUGGCACUGCCACUCCAACUAACACCGAUCCGAGUUAUUCUGGAUGUACCUUUCCUACUAGUGCCAGCGGCUCUGGCGGCUCUAGCGGCAGCACCACCGUGACACCUGGCACAUCCAAUCCAAAAGGCAGCUCAACCACCACCACCACACUUCCUGGUGGCAACAGUCCUUAUUCAGGAAACCCGACCAAUGGAGUCUUUGGAAGUAAUAGCACUGGAACAGGGAUUAACCCGGAUUACACGACAGAGAGCAGCGCCUUUGCUCUGAUGAACUCAAGCAAAUUGUUCAUCUGCCUUCUCCUGAUCGCUUUGAGUGGAUUCUGUUCUUUCUUGAUGCUCUAA